UCACAAUGCAUCGCAUCAGUCAACUCCAAUUUGGAUCGAAUGGCGCCCUGCGCCCCGCUGCCGCGCCACCACCGGGUGGCGGCGUGGCAUGUGACCAUCUCGUCUCGUCAGUCGACCGCUCCGCCACAACUGCGCAGGACGAACUGGGAUGCUGUCGGCCCCAACACCCAACACCGUCGCACUCGCCGUCGGGCAUCCCUGUCUUGCGGUUUGCCAACUCCAUGUCACUGCACCCAUCCACCAUACUCGGGAGCGCCCCGACCUCUUGAUUUUCGCAUUGUCGUGAUGAUCCUCCGAGCAGUUGACCCUUGCAUGCUGUCGACCAAGCCGACAUUCCGGACCGUUCAAUCGCCACUCUGGCCCCUAACGACGGGUUGCUCACUCGGACCAGAAAUUCGAGUCC